CGUGCACCAUCCAAACAACAGUGAGGUAGGAACGCGGAUUUUGAUGCCUCGACAUUGUCUCAUUUAAGCAUCAUCUUACGAACUGGACCUCUUACUAACCUGCAGCACUCACGACCUACAUCAUUAUCACACUAAACUUCACCUAUCUUACUGAGCACAGUCUUAAUGCGCUUUGCACUCAUCAUAGCACUCGUCGCAGCCCUUCUGCGACAGACACUCGCCGCACCAUACCCGCUGUCAAAUGCAACAGAUACCACAAACACCACCUUCAGCACACCGUCUGGCGGGCCGUACGUCUGCCAAAGGGUCUAUCCCGCCGAUCUCGCUGUUGUCAACUCCCGCUAUCCUGAUUACGAUGUCGACCGCCUUCACCAAGCCAAACGCUUCUUCAUGCUCCGCCGCCAGACCCUAGGUGAAGGCGAGAUCGCCACCCGUGUGCAAUUCCAACGCCUUCCAUCCAAAGAGUCGAACAAGACAUGUCGACUCGAAUUUGUCCUGCCCAGGGAAGAGCUUCAGAAGAUCUCAGGCACGAAUCCGAGCUUCAAUGUGUACCAGGUCGAGCGUGAGCCGGAUGCGAUUGCGACCUGGAACACAUACAAGGGCAAUGAUGGAGCGGACCUCUUCGGUCGUGUCAAUGGAGAGCCAGAAGCCCUGAAGAAAACAAGGAGUGUCGGCGGCGUAUCGGUGAUCAAUGAGACGGCCUGCAACGAAACGCUCACAUUCCAGAUGGGCAUGGCUUAUGACGGAGGAGGCCUGCCAAAUUAUUGGGAAUUCUCAAACGUUGCGCCGCCUGCUUGGCCAAUCCAGGGGUUCAGGAUUGUGUAUGGCUGCUGAACACGGGGCCUGCACAGAUCUUCAGUUUGAAGCCAGGAGACGUGCGUCGCCGAAGGGGUUUUCUAAUAGUUGAGGUGCGUGUAUACUUCACUGUGGCGGUGGGAACUCA